AUGGUCAAAAGUUGCUUUCUCUCCUUCUUCGCCCUUCUCUUGCUGGUCAACAACAGAAGAUCAGCACGAGGCCUACCAUUCAAGAGAUCACUUUGUAGUACCAACGGAGAAUGUUUGAGAAAAGGUUUACCAUUGUUGAAACGUGCUCGAAGAGCAACGGGUACCAGGGCCCUUAGACCUCGUCAAUCAGAUUCACCAGAAGUCUACUCUGGGGGUAUUCAAGUGUUCAACUCUGAUGGGAAUAGUAUAGGGUAUAUCUCGAAAAACAUCAAUGCGGAUGGAGGCUAUGAUCUCACCACGAACGCAUACAACGCGGUAUCAUUGCUCUUCUCGCAAGACGGGUCCGACCCUUUCACAAUCACUAUAUCUUCCAAUGACAGACAAGGUGGUUAUCCCUAUCUUGGUGGCGCGUUCAAUGAUCAAUCUUCCAAUAUUGGCUCUGGCUCCAGCGCAUUCGCAUUGUUGUCGGGUAUCUCAAGAGAGAUCUCCGGAACCGCUCAACCUGAUGAUCAAGGUCUUGAAAACACUCGUGGCCUAUACGGUGGGCAGGAGACCGCCAUCUUCCUAUAUAAUCCUGCAACUCAGGCUAUCACCGGACGAUGGACCAACACGGACAGUUCCAAGCAAGAUACUAUAUUCUUUUAUGGAAGUGGACAGAACUACGGUUUCGGGAUGAUUGCCCAAAGCGAUUAUCAGGCGUUCACACAAGAUUUCGAUUCCGCUUCAACCCAGAUAGUGACGUUCAAGUAUGUCACUCUCCCCUCUCCUGUCUCCUGA